AUGUCAUCAAAAGGGAGAAAGUGCAAGCCGUCAGUUCCUUGGCUACCGGAAGUUGAGCCGACACCCCACAUCCCCGAGGCUGUGAAAUACCAGAGGUUCCAGCCUCUUCUCCAGGAGCGUUCCUGGACGAGGACAGUUCCCUUCAAGCAUUUCUUCAAAUAUGUGAAGCCCUCGGAGAGCAUAGGCAGUUUGUAUACGCCCUCAGCCCUGAAAUUUCGCCUGCAGACCCUGAAGAGACGACGUAGGGUCCAGCCCCAGACGAAGGACUUCCUGGGGAAGGACGGAGACCUCCAAUAUCCCCCGAUCUCCCUGGUUCGCGCCCACGAGGCAGAAGUUCAGAAGAAAAAUGAGGAAAAGAGGAAAUUACUGGAGUCAGUUCCUGGGAAUGUCAUUAGUCUCGUGGAUCUCGCUGAUGGCACCUGGGUGAAGAGAAAAGCCGAGGCGAAGAGAAAGAAAAUCCAGAGGAUGAGAGAAGUUAUGGAGGAAAAACGGAAGACCCAGGUUGAGCGCGAGGCCCUCGAGAGGAUGGAUUUGCAGAGGAGGGAGGCUGAUCUUCCCAGGUCCGUCGAGUCCCAGAGGGAACAACUCCUGGGAUCCAGCGAAAUCGAGAAGAUUAGGGAUGUUAGGCCGGAGGAUGUCGAGAGAAUUGAAACUCUGUGCUCUUCUGAAAUUUUAGAUCAUCAUCUGGAGCCUUUCGACAGGUCUCAUAUAGAAGGGGCCAAGGCCAGGAUACAGGGGAAAUUAAAACAAAGAGACGACUUUGAAGAACUUUUAGAGGGACUCGAACCGGAGAUUGUGCGAGAUUAUAAGAGAAGCGUUCGAAUCGCGAUCGUUGAUUAUAUUUUAAUGGAUGAAGAUGAACGGGAACGUCUGGGUAUUCGGAGAAUUCCUGGGGAAUUUCCUGUACUUCAUAUUCGCGCCCCUGUCCCAUGGCAUCAGACUGCAGUGAUCGCUACCCAUUUUAUCCAGCAUAAUUUAUUCAUUGGAAAUGAAAUUCUCAGAGAAAUACGAGAUCUCUGGUUUUCGAGGUACAGCUCGAUGCGAAUAAUUCGAGUAUCAGAUCUGGGGUGCCUUCCGAUUCCUGCGGUAUCCCUUGAGCCAGCAGUGGAAUCUCUGUGCUCUGAGUCCCUGAAGAAGCUGAAGAACGAGUGGCUGUCAGACGUGUCGGAGCUCUUCCUCGAGAAGAAAUCCGCGUGGUCGUUUCUCUUCACGUCGAACGCGAACUUCUCGACAGCCCUAAUCGAAAAGUACUUCCGAUCGGUAAAUACUCUCCUCUCGUGUCAGCUGCGAACAAUUCUCCUGGACACUCUAUCCGAAUUCAAGGACUUCCUCAUUCAAUACAACACCGGUAACUCCUUCGAGGGUGAUUACGAGGACUUGACGUUCAUCCGUCGUCCAUUCAUAACGAUUUCCGUGGAACCGGUUCUGGGGACUCCAGAACUCCGACUGAACCCCAGCCUGAGUGCCCUGCACUCCACCCUCUCCAGGUGCUUCAGUAAAAUCUUAAAAGUCGCAUCGAGAGUUCCGAAGAUUGAGUCCGUAAUAUUUCCGGAGUUCGAGGGAACCGGUUUUUUGUUUCCAGUGUCUGAUAAGGAGUCCUCUGUCUCCAGAAUCAUCUCCGAGAGUCUCAGGGCAGUGGAGUUCAAUCGGAUGGGCCCGGAGGACUACCUGAAGCAUUACAACGAUCUCAGUUACAUCCUCGACGGUCAGGCCUCGAAAAAUCUCUCGAAUUACUUCGAUAUCGAUCCGAUCCCUUUCCUCAGGGAAUUCGGAACGAGAAUCGACGGUUACGACGCCCUCAGCCGUGAGAUAUGCCUCUUUCGGAAUAAAAUACCGCUGAAUCUAAUCGAGAUCGACUGCACCCUGGUGAACACAUCGAUGCGAUCGAUCCUCUAUGACCUGAGAACAUCGAUUUGCGAAUUUUUCCUUGAGGAAUUACGAUCGAAUAAUCGAGAGUUGUGUCACAUCUUCGAUGAGAUUGCCGAUAAAAUAUCUGGAAUGCCGGAGACAACACAGGAGGUUGUCGAUCUCUUCAACUUCCUGGUCGACAGUCGUGACAAUACGAUGUUCAGUUUGCGAAGUAAAUUAACGAGAUGCGCUGAAUUGAUAUUAUUUCUAUUCGAUUAUCAGCCACCGAGUGACGAGGACAUCGCCCUCAACACCAGGACAUUAACGUGGCCGAAGGAGAUGGAGACUGUCAUGGAGUUAGCGACGACAAGAUUGAACAUGAGGAAGGAGUUUGUCGAGGGUGUUCUCAGAACGAGGAGAGACAAUUUCGAGCAGAAGAUCAAUCGUAUGCAACUGGCGAUCGAUCAGUUCAAGAAGAAGGAUCCACCGGUUCUCACUGUCGAGGAGAUGGAGCAGGCGACUGAGGAGAUCGAGCAGCUAUCGACGACCAUGACGGAGAUGAGGAAAGAAGCUGAGCAGAUCAAUGAGGAAGAGGGACUUCUCGAUAUGGAACUCUCCCCCUAUCUUCCUCUUCCUGGAAUGACCUCGACUGUCGAAACGUUCGAUAAACUGUGGCACACCGUUCUCCAUUUCCACAGGAAUUAUGAGAAGUGGUACUACGGCCCCUUUCCGGGCCUCGACGCAGAUGAGGUCAGAGAGGAGACGGAUAAUGCCUGGAGAACGCUCUACAAAUUGGGUAGAGUCUUGACAGAUAUUCCAGGUGCACGGAGAAUCGCGGAGAUGAUUCGAGGAAAAGUUGAGAAAUUCAAGCAAUUCAUUCCAGUUCUUCAGACGAUAUGCAAUCCUGGACUCCAGUCUCGACACUGGGUCCAGAUCAGUCAGGUCGUGGGUGAGACUAUUGUGGCGAGUGAUCAGAGCACUCUCGCCCAGAUGAUCGAGCACGGUCUGCCAAUUCACAUAUCAAAACUCGAAGAGAUAUCCUCAGCUGCCACGAAGGAGCACACGUUGGAGAAAAAUCUCGAGAAGAUGAAGGCCGAGUGGGAGCAGAUAUUCUUCGACCUGACACCUUAUCGAGAGACUGGUGUACAAAUUUUAUCCGCUGUUGAUGAUAUACAGAUGCUUCUGGAUGAUCACAUCCUCAAGGCUCAGACCAUGAGGGGAUCACCAUUCGUCAAGGCCUUCGAGCACGAGAUGGAGUCCUGGGAGAAUAAACUCAUCAGCAUGCAGGAUAUCAUUGACCAGUGGUUGACGUGUCAAGCCACUUGGAUGUAUCUCGAGCCUAUAUUCAGUAGUGAGGACAUCAUGAGGCAGAUGCCCACGGAAGCAAAGAACUUCAGGAGGGUCGACAAACUAUGGCGGGGGAUGAUGACGGCCGUUGCACAAGAUAAAAAAGUCACGACUGCUACGGGAAUUCCAAAUAUGUUGGAGCAAUUUCGAACUUGCAAUUCCCUUUUGGAUGAUAUUCAGAAGGGCCUCAAUGAUUAUCUAGAGAAGAAACGCCUGUUCUUCCCCAGAUUUUUCUUCUUAUCGAAUGACGAACUCCUGGAGAUCCUCUCCGAGACGAAGGACCCGCAGAGAGUGCAGCCGCACUUGAAGAAGUGCUUCGAGGGCAUCAGCAAGCUCAAAUUCACGAAAGACGAGGAGAUAAUCGGAAUGCUCUCUGAUGAGGACGAGUACGUUCCCAUGAGUGGAAAAAUUUAUCCAGCUGACGCCAAGGGAAUGGUCGAGAAGUGGCUGUGCCAGGUGGAGGAGAUGAUGAUCACGUCCCUGAGGGAUAUCGCCCAGGACAGUGUAAUAGCUUAUUUCACAGCUGUCAGGGAGGAGUGGAUCCUCUCCUGGCCGGGGCAGAUAGUCCUCUGUGGCAGUCAGAUUCACUGGACGAGUGAAGUAAUCGAGAGCUUCGAGGAAGGUUCAACGUCGGGAUACCUCCAAAAGUGCAGUCAACAGAUUGACAGAACAGUAGCUCUUGUACGGGGAAAGCUAGAUCCUGGUACAAGGAUCACCCUGAAUGCUCUCAUUGUCAUUGAUGUUCAUGCCAGGGACGUCGUUAAGAUGCUUGUUGAGAGACAAGUCCAGGAUGCCAUCGACUUUAACUGGAUAUGCCAACUCAGGUACUACUGGCUGGAAGGAGCCAUCACCGUCUCGAUGAUAACGACAGACGUCACCUACGGUUUCGAGUACCUGGGGAAUACUCCCCGUCUGGUAAUCACUCCUCUGACAGACCGAUGCUACAGAACUCUAAUGGGCGCCCUGAAACUGAACCUCGGAGGUGCACCAGAGGGUCCAGCGGGCACAGGAAAAACCGAGACAUCAAAAGAUCUUGCGAAGGCAGUGGCCAAACAGUGUGUCGUCUUCAAUUGCUCCGAAGGACUUGAUUACAAAGCAAUGGGGAAAUUCUUCAAGGGUUUGGCUCAAUCAGGUGCUUGGGCCUGCUUCGACGAGUUCAACAGAAUUGAAUUGGAAGUGUUAUCGGUGAUUGCCCAGCAGAUUCACACGAUCCAAAUGGCGAUAAGUAUGAAAGUCGAGCGGUUUCUAUUCGAAGGGACGGAAUUGAAGCUCAAUCCAACGUGCAACGUCUUCAUCACGAUGAAUCCCGGUUACGCUGGACGUCAGGAACUCCCGGAUAACCUGAAGGUUCUCUUCAGGACUGUCGCAAUGAUGGUACCAGAUUACGGUAUGAUUGGAGAAAUUACUUUGUACUCGUACGGCUUUAUGGACGCAAGAAGUCUAGCUGAGAAGAUCGUCCACACGUACAAGUUGUGCUCCGAGCAAUUGAGUUCACAGAGUCAUUACGAUUACGGUAUGAGAGCUGUGAAGACUGUCCUAACGGCAGCUGGAAAUCUAAAGUUGAAGUAUCCAAAGCAAAAUGAAGGGAUUCUGGUGCUUCGGGCAAUUGUCGACGUUAAUCUACCGAAAUUCCUGGCUCAGGACGUUCCUUUGUUUAACGGAAUCUACAGCGAUUUGUUCCCGGGGGUGGAUCUACCCAAUCCUGACAGAGACGAACUGAUUGAUUUACUUAAAGUCAACCUUGAGAAGAGAAAUCUUCAGGCAACGGAAUGGUACGUCGACAAGGUAAUUCAGAUCUACGAGAUGAUUCUCGUGAGGCAUGGGCUGAUGGUUGUGGGAGAUACUCUGGGUGGCAAGACCCAAGCGUAUCAGGCACUGGCUGAUGCUCUGGGUGAGCUAUCUGUAAAACGAAGGGCUGUCAUCAAGGAGUUUAAGACUGUUUAUAGGAUUAUUAAUCCUAAAGCCAUUACCAUGGCUCUGCUGUAUGGGUCUUUCGAUCCUAUCUCUCACGAGUGGAGCGACGGGAUCCUGGCUAAUACCUUCAGAGAGUACGCCCAGUCCUUUAACUUCGAUCGCAAGUGGAUUGUUUUUGAUGGGCCAGUCGAUGCCGUUUGGAUUGAGAACAUGAAUACAGUUUUGGAUGAUAACAAGAAGCUUUGCUUGAUGUCCGGUGAAAUAAUCAUCAUGUCAAACAAGAUGAAUAUGAUGUUCGAGCCUGCUGAUCUCGAUCAAGCUUCACCUGCCACUGUCAGCAGAUGUGGUAUGAUCUACAUGGAACCAUCGCAGCUCGGUUGGCAGCCCCUCUUCGAGAGUUACAAGAAGGAUCUGCGACAGAGAGUUCUUGUUGAGCAAUUUGACCUCGUCGUCGAGCUCGUUGACUGGCUGACUCCACCGAUUUUCUGGUUCAUCAGAGUCAACUGCAGGUGCUUCGUCGACACCUCCGAUCUUCACAUGUUCCUGUCCUUCACCCGAAUGCUCAGCACGAUGUUAGAAGGGGAGACGCAGGUUAGUACGGUUUGGCUCCAAUGCGUGAUGCUCUUCUCGAUGAUCUGGGGUUUCGCAUCGACACUCGUCAGUGACAGCAGAAAAGAGUUCGAUUUGUUCUUCAGGAAAAUUUUGGAUGGGAAGAUUGAGGAGUAUCCGAAGCCCAAAGCCUUCAAGCUCUCGAAGCAACAGCUGUUCCCUGAUAGGGGGACGAUUUACGAGUGGCUGUACGACAAACGAAACAACGGCAGCUGGAUAUCCUGGAUGGACACUUCGGCCCCGGUUGCACUACCGCCGACAGCUAAAGUCAGUGAUCUCAUUAUUCAGACGAAUGAGGUCUCCAUGCAGCGAUUCUUCAUAAAGCGACUCUUGGAGCGAUCAAUUCCUAUUCUCUUUGUGGGACCCACAGGCACCGGAAAGUCCGCAAUUGUUCUGGAUUAUCUUGUCAAUCUGCCGAAGGAGAGGUACAUCCAGAAUGUCGUCAACUUUAGCGCCCGGACGAGUGCAGCGCAGACGCAGGAGAUCGUCAUGUCGAAGCUGGAUCGACGCCGGAAGGGGGUAUACGGUCCAACCAUGGGAAAAAAGUGCAUUCUCUUUGUUGAUGAUCUGUCGAUGCCCCAGAAGGAGAUCUACGGCGCUCAACCUCCGAUCGAACUCCUACGACAGUGGAUUGACCACGGGUACUGGUUUGAUCCGAAGGACACGACUAUUCUCUACCUCAUGGACAUUCUCAUGAUCGCAGCUAUGGGACCACCUGGGGGUGGCUCUAAUGUCGUCACUCCCCGACUCACUCGUCACACCCACAUCAUCGGAAUCGAUGCCUUCGAGGAUGCGACAAUGACGAAGAUCUUCACGUCCAUCCUCGACUGGCAUUUCGCCAAGGGCUUCGACUCCAGUGUCUCCAGGCUCGGUAAGAUGCUGGUGGCCGGGACGAUGGAAAUCUUCCAGGAGGCGAUUCUGAACUUCCUUCCGAUCCCCGCGAAGAGUCACUACACGUUCAACCUGAGAGACUUCAGUCGUGUGAUAAGUGGAAUCGUCCUGGUGCCGUCCUCGAGGAUGCGAGACCCUGACAAGCUCAUAAAACUGUGGAUUCACGAGGUUUACCGAGUAUUUCACGAUCGCCUUGUGGAUGAUCAAGACAGGGAGACCCUCUUUAAGAUGGUGAAACGAGUGACGUACGAACAAUUACGUCAACCCCUGGACAAAGUGCUGUCGGAUUACCUGAAGGAGGACGAGAAAAUCGUCACGAGUGCUCACAUUCGAGAUCUCUUCUUCGGGAUGUACAUGGAGCCGGAUGCCGACCCGAAGAUCUACGAUCAAGUGAUCGACCUGAACGAUCUCCAGGAGAAGAUGGACUAUUACCUGACGGAGUACAACAUGAUGUCGAAGACCCCGAUGUCUUUAGUUCUCUUUCGAUACGCGAUCGAACACAUAUCGAGGAUUUCUCGAGUCCUGAUGCAGGACAACGGUAAUGCGUUGCUUGUGGGCGUCGGUGGAUCAGGAAGGUCGUCCUGCUCGAAACUCGCAACAGGAAUCUGCGAGUACAUGCUCCACCAGAUGGAGAUCACCAGGAGUUACGGGCCCUCGGAAUGGAGGGACGACCUGAAGCAUCUUCUGCUGAAGGUCGGCUGCGACGGAAAGCCAACAGUUUUCCUCUUCGCCGAUAAUCAAAUCAAGGACGAGUCAUUCGUCGAGGACAUAAACAUGAUCCUAAACACGGGAGACGUGCCAAAUCUCUAUGGAACCGAGGAGAAGGCUGAGAUCCUUGAGAGGAUGACGAAUCUCGCGAGAGAAGAGUCCGCGAAACGUGUAGAAACCACACCAAUGGCUCUGUACAAUCUCUUCAUAGAGCGUGUGAAAAAAUUUCUUCACAUUGUGCUGACGAUGUCACCGAUCGGCGACGCAUUUCGCAAUCGGAUACGCAUGUUCCCGUCUUUGAUCAACUGUUGCACCAUCGACUGGUACAUGCCCUGGCCCCCCGAUGCCCUCGAAAAAGUCGCGACCAUUUCCUUGAAGGACCUUGAAAUCGAUGACGAGGUCAAGCGCAAGUGCGUCGUCGUAUGCAAGAAUUUUCAUGAGACUGUUCAAAAGUCGAGUGAGGACUAUAAAAGAACCCAAGGUCGAACUAAUUACGUUACACCCACCAGCUUUCUGGAGCUCAUCAAGUCUUUGUAUAAGCUGUACGGUCAGAAGGUGAAUCAGAUAACGUCCCAGCAGAAUCGGUACGAAGUGGGUUUAGAGAAACUGGACUUUGCAGCUGGUCAGGUCGCAGUGAUGCAGGAGGAGCUCCAUGCACUCCAGCCAAAACUGGUGGCGCAGUCUCAAUUGAGCGAUAAACUGAUGAUCAGGAUCGAACAAGACACGGUGAACGUAGAGGCGAAGAAGGAAGUCGUGGCAGCAGAUGAAGCUUUAGCCAACGAAGCAGCAGCCGCUGCUCAAGCCAUCAAGGAUGACUGCGAGAGCGAUCUCGCAGAGGCCACACCAGCUCUGGAGGCUGCCCUGUCGGCCCUCGACACUUUGAAACCGGCGGACGUCACUAUAGUCAAGUCCAUGAAGAGUCCACCGGCUGGUGUUCGGUUGGUCAUGGAGGCGGUGUGCGUUCUCAAGGGUGUGAAGCCAGAACGUGUCCAGGAUCCCUCCGGCGUGACGGUAGACGACUACUGGCCCGCGUCCAUCAAAGUCCUCGGGGAUAUGAAGUUCUUGGAGAGUCUUAAGAGUUUCGAUAAGGAUAAUAUACCACCGGCGUACAUGAAAAGGAUUCGCGAGAAAUUUAUGAAUGACAGGAGCUUUCAACCGGAAGUCAUCAAGAAGGUCUCCACUGCCUGUGAGGGCCUCUGCAAAUGGGUCAGAGCGAUGGAAGUAUACGACAGAGUUAUCAAGGUUGUAGCCCCGAAGAAGGCGAUGUUGGCGGAGGCGGAGGCCGAGUUGGCGGCGCAAAUGGAGACGUUGAACGCGAAGCGCAAUCUCCUCCAGGAAGUAACAGACAAGCUCCAAACGCUGAACGACGAGUUCGCUGAGUGUAUGAGAGAAAAAAAGAAGCUGGAGGAUCAGAUAGAUCACUGCAUGCAGAAGCUAGACAGAGCCGAAAAGCUUCUGGGAGGACUGGGUGGUGAGAAAACAAGAUGGAGCGAGACGGCGUUGAGCUUGGGGGCAAGUCUGGGCAACGUCAUAGGAGAUGUUCUCCUGUCCUCGGGGAUUGUAGCUUAUCUGGGGGCAUUCACAGUCGAGUAUCGGAAUAAUCUGAUAACUGAGUGGCACCAGACAUGUCGGGGAAUGGGGAUUCCCUGUAGCCGUCACUUUAGCCUGCCCGAUAUUCUCGGUGAGGCCGUCGAGAUCAGGGCAUGGAUGAUUCACGGCCUCCCCGCUGACAGCUUCUCCGUGGAGAACGGCAUAAUCGUAAAGUAUGCCGAUAGGUGGCCACUGAUGAUUGAUCCUCAGGGUCCGGCCAACAAGUGGAUCAAGAAUAUGGAGAAGCAGAAUAAACUGAAUGUCAUUAAACUCACUGAUCCCAAUUACGUCAGGAUCAUGGAGAACGCCAUUCAACUUGGCCUCCCAGUACUCCUCGAGAAUAUUCUCCAGGAGCUUGAUGCCAUCCUCGAGCCGGUACUCCUGAAGAAUAUCUACAAACAACGUGGCGUUCUCUACAUGAAAUUCGGUGAGAAUGUUCUCGAGUACAACGAUAACUUUCGUUUCUACAUCACAACAAGACUCCGCAAUCCCCAUUACCUCCCGGAUAUUGCGGUUAAGGUGACACUCCUGAAUUUUAUGAUCACACCUCAGGGUCUUCAGGACCAACUCCUGGGGAUUGUCGUGGCGAAAGAUCUACCAGUGCUCGAGGAGAAGAAGAAUCAGUUGAUUGUCGAGGGUGCAAAUAACAAGAGAAUUCUGAAGGAGAUCGAGGACAAGAUCCUGGAGGUUCUGUCAUCCUCAGAGGGGAAUAUCCUCGAGGACGAGACAGCUAUCAAGAUCCUGUCGUCUUCAAAACUCUUGUCAGAAGAGAUCGAGGCUAAACAAAAAGUCGCAGCAAAGACUACCGUGGAAAUAGACGAUGCACGCGAUGGUUACAAACCAGUCUCACGUCACGGUGCAGUUCUUUUCUUCUGCAUAUCAGAAUUGGCGAAUAUCGAUCCAAUGUAUCAAUAUUCGCUACCGUGGUUCAUAAACCUGUACAUCUCAGCGAUACUCAGCAGCGAUAAGUCCGAUGAUUUAAAUAUCCGAAUCGAAAGUCUAAACUCUAUUUUCACGAAAAGCAUCUACAGAAACGUGUGUCGAUCACUCUUCGAGAAAGACAAGCUAAUCUUUUCCUUAGUGCUGACAGCGGGGAUUCAUCGGGCGGAGGGUCGAAUCCAGGAGGACCUGUGGUCCUUUCUCUUGACAGGAGGAGUGGCCCUGCAGAAUCCCCACAAAAAUCCAGACCCUACGUGGUUGACUGAGAAGUCCUGGUCGGAAGUGACGAGAGCUGAUGCCUUAACCGGGCUCCAGGGCCUCAGGCAGUCUUUCCAGGAGGGGCUGGCUUCCUGGAAAGAUUACUACGACCUCUCAAAUCCCCAGGAUCACUCCUUUCCUAAACCCUUCGACGGGGUCACAAGGAAGGAAUUGAGAUCCCUAGUAAUUCUCCGUUCCGUUAGGCCAGACAAAUUGGUAUCAGCAGUUCAGAGUUUUAUUUCCUUGAACAUGGGUCAGACUUUCAUAGAACCCCCACCAUUUGACCUCCAGGCGUCCUAUGACGACUCGACAAGGACUUCCCCCCUCAUUUUUAUUCUGUCCCCUGGGUCUGACCCCAUGGCAGGGCUCAUUAAAUUCGCGGAGACCAGGGGAAUCCUCAAGAAGAACCUCAUGACCAUCUCCCUGGGGCAGGGCCAGGGCCCCCUCGCUGCUGACAUGAUCAGAAAGGGGAUCCAGUCUGGGGAAUGGGUUGUCCUCCAGAAUUGUCACCUCGCUGAGUCCUGGAUGAAGGAACUCGACAGACUCUGCGACGAAACAAUAAUUCCUGAGGCCACUCACGACAAAUUCAGACUCUGGUUGACCAGUUAUCCCUCCAGGGCAUUCCCCGUGUCAAUCCUUCAGAACGGUGUGAAGAUGACUAAUGAACCGCCCAAGGGGCUCAAGCAGAAUCUUCUCAGGAGUUACCUGAAUGAUCCCAUAUCAGAUGAGAAGUUCUUCAAGGGCUGCAAGAGAAUCAUCGAGUGGGAGUCACUGCUUUUCUCGUUGUGCUUCUUCCACGCCGUCGUUCAGGAACGCCGACAGUUCGGACCCCUCGGCUGGAACAUACCUUACGAGUUCAAUGAAUCCGAUCUCCGCAUCAGUGUUCUACAGCUCCAGAUGUUUCUCAAUGACUAUGAAGAGGUGCCAUUCGAGGCACUCCUGUAUCUGACGGGAGAAUGCAAUUAUGGGGGCAGGGUCACCGAUGAUAAAGACCGGAGACUCCUAAAUUCUUUACUAAGGAACUAUUAUAAUCCUGCGGUGAUCAGGGAUAAGGACUACGUCUUCUCACCCAGUGGAAAAUUCCGGAUGCCCAGAGAAACGCACCAUGAUGGGUGUUUGGAGUAUAUCAAGACUCUCCCGAUCACUGUCUGGCCCGAGGUCUUUGGACUCCAUGACAACGCGGAUAUAACAAAGGACAAUAAUGAGUCGAUGCAACUCCUCGGCGGUGUUCUUCUGACUCAGACGCAGAUUAGCGUCGGGGGAGCAGAAGGUGAUGCUGAUGCCAUGGUUUCACUAUUGGCUAGUGACAUUCUCGAUAAAAUGCCUGAACAAUUUAAUCUGGAAGACGUGGCUGACAAAUAUCCGGUGCUUUACAUGAAUAGUAUGAAUACUGUACUCAGACAAGAGCUCAUCCGGUUUAACAGACUGACGAUUGUCAUCAAAGGAUCCUUGAAGAACGUACAGAAGGCGAUCAAGGGACAGGUUGUGAUGUCUGCGGAAUUGGAAGAGGUCUUCCUCAGUAUGAGCAUCGGAAAAGUCCCAUCUGCAUGGGACAAGAAGUCUUAUCCCUCGUUGAAGCCCUUGGGGAGUUACGUCAAUGAUCUUCUGGCGAGAAUUAAGUUCUUUCAGGAUUGGAUCGAUCACGAUGCGCCGAAUGUUCAUUGGCUCUCUGGAUUUUUUUUCACGCAGUCAUUUCUCACUGGCGUCAUGCAGAAUUACGCGAGAAUGCAUAAAAUUCCUAUUGAUCAUCUCGAUUUUGAAUUCGAGGUGAUGGGGGAUUUGGAUGGCGUCCAGGAAGCAGCAAUCUCCGGGGUUUUCACCCACGGACUUUUUUUGGAGGGUGCACGUUGGAAUAAAAAAAUUAAUGAGCUUGACGAAUCGAAACCGAAAAUAAUAUUCGAUGUGAUGCCAGUGUUGUGGCUGAAACCAGGGGAAAAAGCGAAAUUCAAACCACCACCGAGUUAUGCCUGUCCUGUUUACAAAACGAGUGCCAGACGUGGAGUCUUGGCUACCACUGGUCACUCAUCCAAUUUUGUGAUGUAUAUACUGAUUCCCACGAGACUCGAAGAGUCUCACUGGAUCAAUAGAGGUGUUGCUUGUCUUACGCAACUUGAUGACUGAUUCGUUAAUUGAUAAUGAAUGAUUUUGAUAAGGAAAAAAAUUAUUUAACUGAAUAACAGGUAAUAUGGUAAUAUAACGACUUUUUAUUAUUUGUGAGGGUCACGUCUUCAUCGUCAGUCCUUAAAAAACAAGCUCGAGAAAUGCACAAUGAGAAAUAACAAAUGUAAAAUUGUAUAUAAUAUUGCUCAUGACGGAAGUGAAUUUUGAGGUUAGAAUAUCCACGACAAUGUUUAUUGAUAAUUUUUAAAAGGGUUGAAGGCUAUAUUUAUUUAUUUAUGUAUUUGAGUUAAUCUUCUAGUCUCGUAAGUGACUUACUUCAUAUUCUGUCAACUCCUAAGAGACCAAUUUGCUCUUGAUCUUUCCUGCGACCGUCCAUUUAAUUAUUUCAAAAUUUUCAAUCCAUGAUCGAUCGAUAUUUUAUUGUUUACAAUUCAUGCAAUCAAAUCUUUACAUUUGUCACCCAUGUUUGUUAGAUGAUGGAGAUAAUCGAUUCUCCUCUCGAACUAGAUUAUUUAAACAAUCUCCAAGGACUUGAUUAAGAAACUUUUAUAGAAACGUGUGCAUGGAAAAUUCAUGCAAUU